GGCGGGCCGCAGCGCCGCGAGCCGCGGGGUGUCAGCGGCGGCCCUGUGAUGGCGGCGGCGGGGCGCCGGCAGUCGCGGUGGCCGGGGGCGCCGGGGGGGCUGCGUCGCUCCUAACUCGGCGUCGGGCCCCUGCGCCAUGGGGAGGAGCCGCGGCGGGCGGCUGGCCUGAGGCGGCGGCGGCGACGACAGCGGAGGGCGCGGCGCUGCCGAGGGAGCCCCGCCGCGGGGGCCGCGACCCGCGCCGCCGGGGAUGUUGCGGUGGGUCCGGCAGCAGCUGGGUUUUGACCCACCACAUCAAAGCGAUACAAGAACUAUUUAUAUAGCAAAUCGUUUUCCCCAGCAUGGCCAUUAUGUUCCUCAGAAGUUUGCGGACAACAGAAUCAUAUCAUCCAAGUAUACAGUGUGGAAUUUUGUUCCAAAAAACUUAUUUGAGCAGUUCAGAAGAGUAGCCAACUUUUAUUUUCUGAUUAUAUUUUUGGUUCAGCUCAUGAUAGAUACCCCUACCAGUCCUAUUACCAGUGGAUUGCCAUUAUUCUUUGUCAUAACUGUGACAGCCAUAAAACAGGGUUAUGAAGACUGGCUACGACAUAAAGCAGACAAUGAAGUAAAUGGUGCUCCAGUUUAUGUUGUUCGAAGUGGUGGCCUUGUAAAAACUAGAUCUAAAAACAUUCGGGUGGGGGACAUUGUCAGAGUAGCCAAAGAUGAGACUUUUCCUGCAGAUCUGGUGCUUCUGUCAUCUGAUCGAGUUGAUGGUUCAUGCCAUGUUACUACUGCAAGUUUGGAUGGAGAGACAAAUCUUAAGACACAUGUUGCAGUCCCAGAAACAGCAGUGUUACAGUCUGUUGCCAACCUGGACAAACUUGUAGCUGUUAUAGAAUGUCAGCAGCCAGAAGCGGAUCUAUACAGAUUUGUUGGAAGAAUAACUGUAAGUCAACAAACUGAAGAAAUUGUACGACCUCUUGGGCCUGAAAGUCUCUUACUUCGUGGAGCAAGAUUAAAAAACACUAAAGAAAUAUUUGGUGUUGCAGUGUAUACAGGUAUGGAGACAAAGAUGGCAUUAAAUUACAAGAGUAAAUCUCAGAAACGGUCAGCAGUAGAAAAGUCCAUGAAUUCCUUUUUGAUUAUUUAUCUAAUAAUCCUCCUCUUUGAAGCCAUUCUGAGCACUAUUUUAAAGUAUGCAUGGCAAGCUGAAGAAAAAUGGGAUGAGCCUUGGUAUAAUGGAAAAACAGAGCAUGAAAGAAACAGUAGUAAGAUUCUGAGAUUUAUUUCAGAUUUUCUUGCUUUUCUGGUACUUUACAAUUUUAUCAUACCUAUUUCACUUUAUGUGACUGUUGAGAUGCAGAAAUUUCUUGGAUCUUUUUUUAUUGGCUGGGAUCUUGACCUCUAUCACAAGGAAACAAACCAGAGAGCACAAGUAAAUACUUCAGACCUCAAUGAGGAAUUGGGACAGGUAGAGUAUGUGUUUACAGAUAAAACCGGUACAUUAACUGAAAAUGAGAUGCAGUUUCGGGAGUGCUCCAUUAAUGGCAUAAAGUACCAAGAGGUCAAUGGUAAACUAACUCCAGAGGGGUUUUCUGAAGAUUCUCCAGAUGGAAAUAGGCAUAGUUUGAUGAGAGAGGAAGAACUCUUCUUGAAAGCAGUUUGCCUUUGUCAUACAGUGCAGAUCAAUGCAGAUCAAACAGAUGGUGCUGAUGGUCCCUGGCAUGCCAAUGGAAUAGCAUCCCCAUUGGAGUAUUAUGCUUCUUCACCAGAUGAGAAAGCUUUAGUUGAAGCUGCAAGCCGGGUUGGAGUUGUGUUUACUGGAACUAGUGGGGACAGUAUGGAAGUAAAAAGUCUCGGAAAACCAGAAAGGUAUAAAUUGCUUCAUGUUUUGGAGUUUGAUCCAAAUCGCAGACGAAUGAGUGUCAUUGUAGAGAGUCCCUCAGGGGAGAAGCUUUUAUUCACAAAGGGAGCAGAAUCUUCCAUUCUUCCUCGUAGUAAGAGUGGAGAAAUAGACAAAACAAGGAUACAUGUGGAUGAAUUUGCUUUGAAAGGACUAAGAACUUUGUGCAUAGCCUACAGAAGAUUCACACCUGAGGAGUAUCAAGAAAUUGGCAAACGCCUUCAUGAGGCCAGGACUGCCUUACAACAACGGGAAGAAAGAUUAGCAGAUGUAUUCAACUUCAUAGAAAGGGAUCUUGAAUUACUUGGGGCUACAGGAGUAGAAGACAAACUGCAGGAGAAGGUCCAAGAAACUAUAGAAGCGCUCAGGUUGGCUGGUAUCAAAGUGUGGGUACUCACUGGAGAUAAGCAUGAAACGGCUGUGAGUGUCAGUUUAUCAUGUGGACACUUUCAUAGAACCAUGAACAUCCUUGAGCUUGUGCAACACAAGUCAGACAGUACAUGCGCAGAACAACUGAGGCAGCUAGCCAAGAGAAUAAAGGAAGACCAUGUUAUCCAGCAUGGACUGGUUGUGGAUGGGACCAGCCUCUCUCUUGCACUCAGGGAACAUGAAAAACUGUUCAUGGAAGUUUGCAAAAACUGUUCUGCAGUGUUGUGUUGUCGCAUGGCACCCCUUCAGAAAGCAAAGGUAGUGCGACUGUUAAAAACGUCUCCAGAGAAACCUAUAACAUUAGCAAUUGGUGAUGGUGCUAAUGAUGUGAGCAUGAUACAAGAAGCACAUGUUGGCAUAGGAAUCAUGGGCAAGGAAGGAAGACAAGCUGUAAGAAACAGUGACUAUGCAAUAGCGCGGUUUAAAUUCCUCUCCAAGUUGCUUUUUGUUCAUGGGCACUUUUACUAUAUUAGAAUAGCAACCCUUGUACAGUACUUUUUUUAUAAGAAUGUGUGCUUUAUUACACCACAAUUUUUAUAUCAGUUCUUCUGUUUGUUUUCACAACAAACGCUCUAUGACAGUGUCUACCUGACUUUGUACAAUAUUUGUUUCACUUCCCUGCCUGUCCUCAUAUACAGUCUUUUUGAACAGAAUGUGCAUCCGCAUGUAUUACAGAGUAAACCUGUGCUCUAUCGAGACAUCAGUAAAAACGCCCAUCUUGGGUUUAAACCAUUUCUUUACUGGACCAUCUUGGGCUUCUUUCAUGCAUUUGUUUUCUUUUAUGGCUCAUAUCUUCUAAUGGGAGAAGACACUUCUCUGCUGGGAAAUGGCCAGAUACUGAAACCUAACAGGCAAAUGAUGUUUGGGAACUGGACAUUUGGUACUUUGGUCUUCACCGUUAUGGUUAUAACUGUUACGAUGAAGAUGGCACUAGAAACUCACUUCUGGACAUGGAUAAACCAUUUUGUUACUUGGGGAUCCAUUGUAUUUUAUUUCAUAUUCUCCUUAUUUUAUGGGGGAAUUAUCUGGCCAUUUUUACAUACCCAGGAUAUGUACUUUGUAUUUGUUCAACUGUUGUCAAGUGGUUCUGCUUGGUUUGCCAUAAUCCUCAUAGUAGUUGCUUGUUUGUUUAUUGAUGUUCUGAAGAAAGUGCUGUACAGACAUCUACAACCAACAAGUACUGAAAAAGCUCAGCUUACUGAGGCAGGUUCAGGUAUCAACUGCUUGGACUCCAUGUGCUGCUUCUCAGAUGGGGAAACAGCAUGCACAUCUGUUAGAAGAAUGCUGGAACGACUAAUGGGCAGAUGUAGUCCAACCCGGGUCAACAGGUGUGGCAUUUCUCUCAAUAGCCUUUGCUGCAGACGAUUCUCCUAUAAACUGGAACCUGAUGAGCCUGCAGCAAUAGAUGUCUAGAAAACCAGCUGCAGGUUUUGCUUAUUUAAGUAGGAGAAGCAACUCUUUAUUGUACUUUUUUUCAUCCUAACAGAUUAGUUUCUUGUUUGUUUUUGAGUACUUUCUUUUGGGAUGGGGAGGGGGAAAAACGGUUUUCAAAAGACUUCUGUUAAAACGUUUAUUUUGGCUUACUACAAGUUCUUGUGUUGUAUCUAUCAUAAUUUCUCUUCAUUUGUACGUUCUUCUCUUUAGAAAAUCAAGCCUUGCUGCUGUUUUUGUUCUCCUUUAUAUGAUUUUUUUAUUUUUUUUUUUUCCUUCACAAAUCAGGAGUUGUUUGUAAAGUCAAAAGACUUUUCCCUUUGGUUCUUGAUGUACAACGUCCAAAUAUUUACCUUGGAGCUUGCAUUACUCCUGAAGAUAUACAAAAGGCUCACACUCCCCCCUUUAAAUAUAACUUCAUUGUUAGAAGGAGAGUCUUUAAAUCUUUCAGCCAUUGAUUGAUACGAAGAUGAAAUAUUUUUGUAGUAUAACUUUUAUAAUCUAUUUCUAAAAUCAGAGUAAUUGACAGAACAGAGCCUUCAGGUUCUAAGAAUUUUAAAUGUUUUUUCAGUUCUAGAAGGUAUAUUGUCAAGACCAUGUGUGCCAUUCCAAAGUGUGUGCUAAAUAAAUCUUUUUCCUUCACAAACCACAUGUGAAACAAACCUCGAUGGGAUAAAAGCACGUUAGAGUAAUCGAAUACGUCUACAGAAGAAUACUGCUCUUGCAGUCAGCAUGACUGUGAGAAAAGCUUUUACUAAAUCUGCUAAUGUGCCAUCUCCUCAUUUCCAAAUAAAGAGGGAUAGCCAACAAACAUGGAAAUAUUUGGGGGUAGAAGUAAAAACAGUCUUUUGUACAUCGUAAUUUUUCAGUCCCUGAAUGAUAUCAUGAUCUUUCAUUGGUCAAAAGGCAAACCUGAAAAAGCUGCACUCCACACAUUUUCAAGGACACUCAUUUUGUAUUUGAACAUCUUUGUCUCUUUUGGUUAAAGGUUGUGAUAUCAUUCAUUCAGUAUAAAAUAUUGUGUGGGUAAUUUUCACUGGCAAGCUUUGUCAGUUCAGAUUCUGCCUUUAGGUAUUGACUUGGUACGUAUUACAUCUGUUUUGAACUCUUGUGUUGAACACAGUGUCUAUGGUUUCAGUCAGUUUCUCUCUUCUGGCUUGCUUAUGAAAUUUAUUCAAUAUUUCUACAAAUCUACGGUAUGAUUAUGCAAAAUGUUUCAUUCCAUAUGAAAAAUGAACUGUUAUGAUUAAGUACAUUUUUAAUUCAAACUCUUGCUGUAUAGAAAGCGGGCAUGAUGUAUAAAAUAAAAAAUUUAAUAGAAUUUUUAAUCUACAAGGUGAGCAUUUGAUUGGUCUAAAAAUCAACAUUUUGGUAGCAGUUGCUCUAAGUUUUGGGUUGGUUUUUUUUUUCCACUUCUCUGUAAAACUGUGCUUUCCAAAUGAGGAACUUCUCAUGUUACUUUUUUUCAUUUAUUAUUAUCUAAUUAGAGCAGAUUUUUACUUAACAUUUGCCUUAGUAACGUGUAGUCUUAUAAGGUAGGUAUUCGGUGUUUUAUUUUCUGCAAUGCAUUUACAUUUUUACAAUUUCCUCUUUUUCCCACUCAAUUUUUAUUUCUUAAAGAACUUACAAAUAUGUCUUGAAGAUAACUCAUAUUUGACAGAAUAUUGAACGCUUUUUGAAGACUGCUUUGUCUCAGGUUUCUUGUCUGCUUACCUCAUGUAAUUUUCAGAUGAAGUUCCAUCUAUCUGAAUAAUUUUAGAGUUAGAACACGGAAGUUAGUGUUAUGCUUAAUGAACAUGCAGAACUGUUGGUGCUGCACUAAGGGCUUGAAGUUCUGUAGUUUUUGCUUCUGCCUCUGGUUGAAAUUACUCUGAACCAUCUUCUAGUUUCACUUAAAUUUAUGUACAGUAGAACUAGAAAAGACUUUUUUUUUUAAAUUUCAGUCUUAUUUGCUUUCUUCAAUGACUUCAGUUCCUUCCACUCAGCAUUGAAACUUAAAACCUAGUCUAAAAGUCAAGGUACUGAGACUAUUUUUUUUCCCAUACACUUUCCUGGUAAUAUGUGAAAGUCUUUGUUUAUUUUUUUAAUGUACUAAUUGCUUAAAUCACAUGAGGCAUUUAUAAGUUGUGAAGUGCUGAAGAUACAGUUAAGAAAUCUAUUUGGUGAUUUAAAAAAUGCUUGUAAAGUUGUUCAGCCUUUGUUCACGAGCUUGAGCUGCUUUGAUUUUUUUUUUUUUUUUUUUUUUUUUACCUAAAGCUGGUAUCUUCAGAAGAUUGCAUGGUCCCAAACAGGAUGGUCUUUUGAGUGUCUUGUCUUGUGCUUUAUAAAACAGAGCUUCUUAUUCAACCUGGAGGUAGCUGCAAAUUAUUUUUUGUUGAAUGAAGUUAUGCUGAUGAAUACGUUGUCUGUCUGUAGCUAGUUUGUGUUGUAUUCUGUGUUCCUGAUAUUCUGUCAAAUAUGAUAUUCUGUCAAAUGCAAUAACUGAACAUGAAAUCAAACAUGGUAUCAAAUUUUGAUAGAAACUUUGAUGAAUAAAAGUUGUACAAAUGCUUGGAGUAGCGGGCCACAGGAAUAUAGUCUCUCGUACUUAAUUUACUGCUUGUAAAAUGUAUUUGAGAAAUAUUUUCUAUAGCUUCAUUCACCAGUUAGAAUAUAAAAUGUGUGCUGUGUGGUAUGAUAAAAUGCAUUUUUGUCUGUCUGUUCCAUUAAAUUGUCUGUCAACUUGUCAGUCACAAAAAUAUUAAGAAUGCUGGAUCACAUACAUUUCUUGUACAGUAGGAUUCAUUACUGAAUUGUUCGGAUCUCCUAUUAGUGGUACUCGUGUCAAGGCACUGCAUGUAAAAGUUCUAAAGAAACAGCAGAUUUCUGACAGAGGGAAAUUUGGAGUAUAAGUUCAUUAUAUUUUGAUUUCCUGCCUUCCAAUUUUCUAUUUUCAGCUUUUCACAUACAGUCCUAUAAUAUUGUUCAAUCAAGAACAGUAUUUCUUCCUAAGUAGUAAUUUGUCCUUAAGAGAAAGACAUUACAAAAUCCCAUCUGAAUCAAAAGGUGUGACGUGUUAGGUACUUUGCCUGAUGCCUUAAAUUUUAAAUUAAAUUUAACAGCAAGAAAUGAAAUAGAUUCAUGGCUGUAGAUAAGUUUUGCCUACCCACAACUUCAGACAGCAUGGAUGUUUAACACGAGAACACCACUAUACUGGGUUACCACGGUUAGCUGUGCGUACCACAAGGCUCUACUAGAAUGACCUUAAGCUGUAUCAGAUCGUAGCAUUCAUAGUGCCUCAAUUUACACAUGCAAUGUUCAGAUUUUCUUUGAGGCACAGUAUUAAAACUUCAGUUGUAAAACUGGCAUAUAAACCUCUGGUCAUUUUAGUUCAUAGUGAUGAAAGUAUCUGUAGCUGUGAGUAAGCUUUGCCAGAAAGGUAAACAUAGAAUUGUUAAUUACAUAGUUGGCAUGAUUGAUUGCAGUCUAUUUUCUAAGGUCUGAAUUAAUUGCAGGCACCUAUGUGAAACUAAUAGAUAAGUCUUUCAAAGAGUUACAUUUGCUUAAUCUCGUAACACUUACCUUUUGCUUUCAUAGACUUUUCUCCUUACCUCUAGAUUGUAAGUUCCCAGUCAGCCAAACUUUUCUUUUAUUGUCACUUUAGAUCAUGGAGUUCAUCGGAUCCCUUCUAUGCCAACGACAGAAGCAUCUUGACUCUCUCCACAAUGGACUCACCCACUUGUUAACAGGGACAUUUGUAAAUGCCUUGUGGAAGCCAUGUGGUGCUCACACACCUAUAGUAGGUUCUGAAGCGAGUUCAGUGCUACAUCCCUGCCCUAGGAAAGACUAGCAUGACUUCUAAAUACAAACCGUGGCUUGUCUUGUGACCUAGCAUAAGUCAUCUGGACAGUGAUUGCUUCCAGUAUUUUUUUUCUAAUUAUAUCCACAAAUAGGUAAAUUUUUUUUUUUUUGAAAGAAAUGCUUUUACCUCUGACCGUUUAAUCUUUUUUGUUACCAUAUGGGCAGAUUGGAAUCCUGCAUUUGAUACGUGAGACGUCACUGUAGCGCAGUGACAAAAUCUUCCUCCUCCCAAAUUUGAGUGAUCCAAUAGAACUGAAUUUGCACAAUGAAACUUUAAAAAGUUGCAUUUUUCAUGAUGACCCUUCACUUUAAACACACACAUUAAUUUUGAGCUGUCUCUUACAGAUGCUUUCUUAGCAGUUUGCGAAUCAAUUUUGUUAUUUCCAUGGAUGGUUAUUGUAUUCUGUAAGCAAUCAGUUUAGUAAUUUUUGAGAGUUAAAUACAAUUCAAAUAUUUAUGCUGGUGUAUGAAUGGCAAAAUAUUAGUCAUUGCUUUGAAAAACACCGUUAAGUUUGACAAAUCAGUGAUUUGGAGUAACAAGGGAUAUAGCAGUUCACAGUUCUCUUAAAAGAUGACUAGCUUCUGAAUUAUACUUUAUUAUGCCCUGUGUGGUUUUUUUGGUUUUUUAACAAUUCUUGAUCCUGGCAUGGAAAAAUGUAUAAGAAUUGGUGGAUUGUACAGAAGUCUCACUAGCAUAAAUUUUUUGAAUUAUUAAUCCUUUUAAAGUUGGGGAAUUUUUGCAUGUUUUAUUCUUUUUCAUGUAUUUAUAUUUGGUCAUGUUGUACUUUGAAGAUACAAUUAAUGCUUAAUUAUCUUCAUAUAUCUGAAGGAUCUGAGACAUUGAUGGCAAUGUUUUGAUACCUACGUAUGCCAAUAAAAACAAAUUGCGCAGAUGGAGCUUUGAAUGGUACAUCUUGCAGGUCCAUCUAUUGUCCCAGUAUAAAUGUGUCUGCAUGUUUGGGGCUGGGUAGCAACAUUUGCUUGUUCAUUCAGCUAGGAUGGCUAAACCUGGUGGUUGUCCUUAGAUGUGGGAGGUAAAAUGGAGGUGCUGCCACCAGGGACAUCUGUAGAGUAUUGCCUUAGGUAGGGCAGUUUUUACGGCUGGGAGGCUGGUAAAAAUGCUGCUGCUUCUGGACCCUUAUUUGGAUAUCCAAUUUUAAGUCAGUCUCUGACACUGAAGUCCCAUCAAUAAUUGGAAGAAUCUUCCUGUCAGACAGUAAAAGAUGUAAAGCUGCAUACUAAAAUUAUCUCUGGGUGGAAUAAACUGUAAAUCAAACUCAGACUGUAAACAACACCUACAAGAACUUCUUUAAUAAAGAUGUGGUUAAGUGUAGGAUUUGGACAAAACCAGUAUUAGCUGCUUGUACCCUGGCUGCACAGGUUUCCACUGUUGGCUUAAGUGGUGUCUCCUAAGCAAAUUACAUGGCAAAUAGUUUUUAUUUCAUAAUUCAGGCAGACACAUCUUACCUUCCUGGUAUGACAUCUUAGUGGGGCCUGGGCUUCUGCCACAGGGGUGUAUCCCUCUUGUUACAGUCAUCCCAAAUUCUCCUGAGUUCAGUGGGCUGCAGGAGAGGGAGUGUUCAAGAGGUCUGACUUUCCUUGUAUCAAAUGCUCCGGAUGUUCCUGGCCUAUAAACAGCUCUGCUGUUCAUUAUUCUUGUUCAUGACUUUAACUGGUAUUAUUUCAGUUCUCCUCUUGGAAGUUUAUUUUUGCAUUAAUGACUGGAAGCUUCACUGUGAACUGAAGGCUGCAGAUACUGCUGGAUUUUCAAGAUCUCCUUGUUCAAGGCAACCUUUGUGUAGUAAAACUGUCAUUGCAACUUUGUUUUCAAACUCACAGUGACUUGAACAUGCAGUACAUGAGGGUUUUUGUCCCACUGGUAUAGAUGAAGACCAGUUCACAAAUUGAUUAAGAAGCUCUAAAAAAUGAAUUAUGAAACAGAAGAAACAAAAUCAAAAUAUAGCAAAUUUUCCUUUUAAACAAGUGUUUAAUUCAUAGUUUAUGUCUGUGUCAUGCCUUCAAGUGCCUAAGUGCAGUGAAGCUUAAGCUUGAAAAUCUCAGUUGUACACAUCAAGUGUCCAGAUGAUUAAGAAUUACUGAAAAAUGAGUCUUGCAUGCUCCAUGUAAUAGGUAUUAACGUGUGACCGAUCUGACUGCGUAUAGUUUGAGACCUGGUUCCUAUGUGGAGAUGCAAUAAACUGAUGGUCAUCUCUUCAGUUCCCAAGAAAACUUCUAUCCAGAUAUGCAGUAGUAACAAAAUACACUUGGAUUUCAGCUAAUCCUGUAACUUUCUUUAUAUAUCAUAUAUAUAAUAUUAAAUCUGUUUUUAAAAUAAUGAUUUUCUUCUUAGUAGUUUCUCAUUCUGAGAGUCCAUACUGCCAUGGAUACCUAGGAAAUAGAGAAUUUUUUUUCAAUGCUCUAAUCAGACAUCUGCUGUUUAGCUGUUAUCUUUUAUGUCUAAAUCAGUGUUUCACCUUCCGGAAGUACUUGUUUGUCCAUGUCAACCAUAGCAUUCUAAUCAUCCAGUUAGUUUGUAUGACCAUGUAACCUCAUUAGUCUGUGUGGUUAGUGUAUCAUGUUUUGAAAUAUAAACUGUGGUUAAUUUUUUGUACAGUAGAAGGCAGAGGCUUUGAUAUACAACCCUGCUCCAAGCAUUUAGAUUGGCUCAGCUGUGUACCUACAUGUAUUUUGGCUUUUACCACACAAAUAUGUUAAUUAUAUUUGCACAAAAGCAGCACAGUCCUAUAUUUGAAGAAUAAUUUACAUUCAUUAUGUAUUUCUUUAAAACCUUCCAUCUCCUCUUCUCCCUUCCCCCCUACUUUCCCUUUUUCCCAGUGUUUGUAAGGUUACCGAAGAAACAUGCAUUUAAACAAUUCAGGAAGAACUUAAGAAUCCAUCUGUCUGCCAAGGUAUAUUUUUCUAUUUGCAGUAAAUCUAAAUCAGUAAUUUCUCAUUUAGUAAGAAUGUAGAAUUGGUUUGCAUAAGACCAGAUUUUUUGGUCUGACAAAUGUUCUGGAUGGAAGAAGUGACUGUUUUUGUACUGAUGUCACAAAUCUUUUAAAAUUGCUUCUAUUCAAGGAAGAAAGAUUUUGUGUAUUUCUUUGAGAGCUGAAAUGUAUGAAACCAUUCACUGUGCAUUGGGUACAGUGUAGAAUUCUUCAUGAAGAAGACUGAACAAAAUACAGCUAAUUCAGUGUAAUGCUAGCAUUCAUCUCUCUGAUUUAGAGUAUGAAUGGGUGAGGGAGAAUUUGCCAUAGGGAGGCAAUGUUUUAGAAUUACCUCUUAGCCUUGAAAUCUGUAAGGUAUGGCAAAAAAGCCUAUAGUAGAUGUUUGUAAUUAAAAGCAAGAGCGGUGUAUAGUCCCUUUACUAUGCAGUGUCCCUGAAGAAGCACCUUCUCCAUAGCCACCUUCGGAAUGGGAUUGAGUUCUCAGCAGGUUUUAGUUCUUGUUCUGUGAAAAAUAGGGGGUUUGUUAAUUAGAAAAACAUAGUUUUAGUCGCCAAACUUAAGCUUUUUAAAGGGUGCAGUGGAAAAGAUUAAGUGGGAAGAUGCUCUGAAUUGUUUCACAAACUAAAAUGUAAAUAUUCUGCUUAAAAUAUUCUGUAUAUUUUUUAAGGUUGGGGGUGGGACACAAAAAGAUGCAAAGGAAGGAAUGCUGAAAACUUUGGCUUUACAAUUCCAGAAUGAUUUCUUGUUUUUUAGUGCAAAAGAUGAUUUGAGAAAAGAUUAUGCAAUUUAGAAUGCAUCUUAGGCAACUAUAAUUUCUAACUGGAAACCUUUGGUAAUACUUUCAAACACAUGUUUUUUAUGACAGUAUAACUUCUAUAUUGGAAAAAAAUUUCAUUUUCUAGUGUUAGAAAUGUCUCAAAGCUGUAGUCUACAUUAUUUUUAAUAGUUCUAUCUGAUACUUCUGUACUGCUAAAUAUUAGUGAUUUUGGUGAAAUUCAGUGUUCAAAAGUGCUCAAUCAUAAUGAACCUUUUCCGAACCAUUUAUUUUGAGAUUCUUGUUUUCUUGGUGUAGAAUACGUAGUAACUCUCGCACCAUCGCCACUGCCUUGUUACGCAAACAUCAUUGUUUUAAAGGAGUUGGUUAUUCCUAGAGCUGGGUGAACCAACCGUUCAUUAUGGACAAAUUUUAGCCUUAUUUCUGUUCCUAAAUUAUUUCCCAGUUAGACUUUCUUCUUUGCAGAUCUGGUUUUUUUCUGUGAAUGUUUUUAUUGUUGGUUGUUUUGUAUGUAUGUUCUUUGCUUCUGUUGUUUGCUUCCAGUGGCAUGAUUUGUCUGGUUUCUGCUCUCUAUUGGAAUGACUCAGUUUAUAGCAGGAGGAGGAAAGAUUGGAUGCUCAGGCUGUAUCAACUCUUGCUGUCAAUCGUCUUAGCAGCACAUUCGCAUCGGUAUUUGCAAGGCUUCUGCUUUCCAUAGAUUUUUUCCUUCAGCUAAAUACUGCUCAUAGAGGCAUCAGAAAUAACUCGGUAGAGAGACCUUGUGUGUUGCCCAAGCUUCUGUGGCUUUCGUUAAAAGGAAUGUUCUCAUCACUUUGAAGUAUUCGCCUUGCUCUAGCUGUUGCCAUGCUAUGAUGUUGUAUUACAAUAAGUACAUACAAUUGUCAUCGCUGUAGGUACGAUUUUUUGUUGUUUCCAGUUUGUAUAAAUGCAUAGACGUGAAUAAAACCUGAGGGGCUAUGGGCUAAAGCCCUCUAUAUAAGUAACGUGAAGUGGAAAGAAGUGAAAUAUACUGCUGUUUAUGACACAGAGUGUGACUUGACUUGUCUGAAAGAAACCCUGAAGUGCACCUAAAUGGCCUGUGGUGUAUAUUAAUUUUUCCUUGGCAGUUUUAAAGGAAAUUAUUUCACACACCAGCAGGUUCUUAACCUUUUUACAUUUUGGAAAUGGGAUAAAAGAUAAUCCAUGGGGCAUAUAGUUUAGAAAGGGGAAAAUGGUUAAAAACAAAACUCACUUUCAGGUGUAAGAAGGCUAUCAUUACUGCAGCAAAGAAUAUAUUUUUACAAUUCCUAGUUAUGUUCCCAUGAGGUAUUUCAGGUCCUAUGCACACAAAAAUAACAAAUCAUUGAGAUUCUGCUUUUUUCACUAAUGUGUGAUCAAGUGCUGCUUCUUUUUUGAAGAAAAAAGCUUGAAUGAUAUCGUCUCUGCAAGACAUACCUUUUUAAAAAUGCUGAUCCUUAAUUUUAGGCAAAUAAGGGGCAUUGACAACUGGAAACUGUAGCAAUAAUUAGUACAAAGAAUUUUGGACCUCUGACACUGUGGCUGCCUCGUUAUUUUUGAUUCUCUGACAGCGAGUCUGUGUGCUUGCUCAUUGUACAGCUUGCUCAGUAGAAGUUGUUUUAAAAAUGGUUUAUGAAAAUUAUAUUUAUUAAAUAAAAAUUUAACUUAUA